AUACUUAAAUAAGAGCGAGAGAUGAGAGAGAAACCUAGAGUCAGAGAACCUUUUCUCCUUCACAACCCAAAUCACCGAUCUUUGGCAGGGGGUCUUCCUCCUUCAGAGAUUGGUGGUAAACCUGAGUGGCAACCGGCGAGGGAGAGAACCAAUCAAAACCAGAAACCAAAUAAUUAGAGAAGUGGAUACACGAGUGCAAGAAAAGCGGACAGAAGAGAAUGGAUGAUUCAGGAAAAGAGAAGGGAUGGGUACGGUAAAGGGAUAUUGAAACAGGCUACCUCUUUUUUCAUUGCAAACUUCCCUGAGGAGUGGAGGCCGGAAGAUAUGUGGAAGGAGUUUAAGAGGCUUGGUAGGGUGAUUCACAUUUACAUAGCAAACAAGAGGGAUAAAUGGGGCAGAAGAUUCGGCUUUGUAAGAUAUUUGGAUGUUAAAAUUCACAGGGAGAUGGAACUGAAUUUAAGUAGAAUAAAGGUGGGCAAGUGGAGACUUCAAGUGAAUCUUGCAAUGUACAAUGAGGAAAAUGGAUCGGUGGGGAUGAGUAGGAGAGAGAACAAUGCAAAAGCAGGCUCUAGUAAGCAAGUGGAUCCAAAUGUUGUAGGAAAAUCCUAUGCUAAUGUAGUAAGAAACAACAAGCAGGUGUUUGAAAGGAAUGAAAUGAUGGGAAAAUGUUGGACUCCAAGGAAAAUCCAUAAGGAAAAGAAGGAGAUGUCUGAGAUGGGAGAGUUGCAAGCACUUGAUGAGCUGAAAGACAAAAUCUUGAUUGAAGGUUUCUUCUCAAUCAACAUUGUUCUAAUGGGGGGAAACCUCGUGCUAAUAUACAUUGAGGAUGAUGGAGAAGUAACGAAUUUCCUCAAGGAAGGCGGUGAAUGGAUGGCAAAUGUAAGACCAUGGGGUAUAAAAGACGUGACACAAAAGAGAUUCACAUGGAUCCGUUGUCAUGGGGUUCCUUUGAAUAUAUGGAAUGAGGAGAACUUCAUCAAGAUCGGAAGUGUAUGCGGACGAGUCGUUUUGGUAGACCAUAAUACAUUAUCCAAAAAACGAAUGGAUGUGGGCAGAAUCCUUAUCUCUAGAACAUCAAUAGAAAACAUUGUUAAGAUUCUCAAGAUUAAAGUGGGCAAUGAAUUCUUCCAACAUAGCAGUUCAAAAUGGGAUGGUAUGGAUUUAGAAGAGCUGGAGGAAAAUAUUCAAGAAACUCAAGCAGAAAGUUUUGUCUUGAAAGAAAGAGGUAUGCUGGAUAGGGAGGCCGAUUUCUCGUCGGCGGUAGAUGGCAAGAAGAUGAUCGUUGUAGUUGAAAACACAUCACAGUCAGAAGGGGAAGUAGAAAUGGUGGCUGACUUGAUUGUCGAAACCAAAGAAGGAGUGGCCUACAACUGCCCAUUGAUGAUGCUAGCCACUAUGCCUAAGGAACCUAUGAAUGAGGUUAACUUCCCAAUGGAGAAUGGAGACGAAAAAGCAAAAAAUGAAGAAAAGAUUGAAGCAGAUAGAGCUAGCAACAAUGAGCCCCAUAUAAGCCCAUUUGGUUUAACUCAUAGUGAGAUUAGAGGAAAAAUUGAAGAAAGGUUGAAGAAGGGUAAAGGGGCACGAAAUAGAAAGGUGAGGAGCAUGACAACAAAGGUGAUAAGUAGAUGCAAGAGAAUCCAUCCAGAUAAAGCCAAUGGAGUCACCUUUCAAAUAGAGCAGAAAGAAGAACUUUCAUCAAGAGAUAAUGCCAUUUCAACAGGUGGCAUCAUUAAUUGUAAUCGAAGAUUUAUGAUGAGAUCAUGGGAAGAAGAAGUGAAGGAACUCUGGGAAGUGGGGAAGAAGUUAGGUCUAGUCAGAAGGGGUAAUGAGGAGGAAAUAAUCAAGAGGUUAGCAAAAUUUAAAGAAGACAGUUGGGGUAGAUCGGUAGUGGAAGGUAUUGAAUUCAAGAAGGUGAGUGAUGGGGAUAAUGCUAUGCUUAUGGCAGAAUUUUCAAUAGAGGAAAUAAAAGACGCAGCGUGGAGUUGCGGAGGUGGUAAAAGUCCUGGCCUAGACAGUUUUCAUUUUAAUUUCAUCAAACGAAUGUGGAGUUUAUUGGAAGAGGAUAUAUGUGGUUUCAUUAGAGAAUUUCAUCACAAUGGGAAGCUGGUUAGAGGCUAUAAUGCUUUUUUCAUUGUAUUCAUUCCCAAGAAGUCAAAUCUGCAAGCGGAGGCUUUAAGUGGUCUAAUGACAAAAGUUGAGGAGCUUGGGAUUUUAAAAGCAAUUCGGGGAUGGGUUUAUAAGAAAGGUAAGGGAAGGCAAGGAGACAUUGUUUUGGGAAGAGGUGUGGAUAGGAAAUGUGAGCUUGAGGGAGAAGUUUCCAAGAUUCCCUUAGCUGCUAAUAAACAAGCCAUAAUAGCUGAGGUAGGCAGGAGUGGGGAAGGUGAAGGAAAAUGGGGGUGGGAAUGGUGUAGGACCUUAUUCGUUUGGGAAUCUAAUCUUUUGUAGUAAUUGGAAGAAAUCCUAAGUCAAGUACAUUUGCAACGAGGACGAGAGGACUGUUGGGGGGAGAGCACUGGAAGAUACUCAACUAAAGUUGCUUAUAACCAAAUCACCUAGUCACGAUUAAGGUAGGAUAUAGAUCACUUUAAGUAGAUCUGGAAUGGAUCAGUGCCCUUAAGAGUUGCAGCGUUGGCUUAGAGAUCCUUGUAUGACAGAUUACCUACAAAAGACAAUCUAGCUAGGAUAGGAGUUAUCAUGAAUAAAGAGGAAAUCAUAUG